AUGGCCUCCGAGCAGACCUUCUCCGCCCAAGACUUCCGCGCCGCCACCAAGGAUUACAAGCGGGCGCACGACCAGAAGCACAAGUGGGCUCUCGGCCAGGUUAUCGGCAACGGCCUCGCCAACCCUGAGGGCAAGAUCAGGCCGUUGAUGCCUCCAAGCGUAGCCACAACUGCAGCCCUCCGGUUCCGUAAUGGCCGAGACCAGACACGCGCCCAGACCAAAGCUAAGACGGCUCAAACGCGCGACAUCCUGAGCGAGCAGAGCGAGUCGUCCGCAGACGAAUCCAUCGACGAGCCAUCUGCGGCUCCCGAGCCGGACGCGGGCAUCACUUAUUCCUUCGAUGCGCCCCAGGGGCCCAGCCAGGGUAGCCAGAUCUUGACGCUAGCCAUCGCGCAGGCUGUGGAGCGCUUCGAGUCUAAGCAGACGGACAAGCUCAUCAAAGAGGAGUAUGAGGUUCUGGACGAGGAGGGCGCGUCGAACCCACGCGCUUUGGGUCGGAAGCGCCACGUGUCUCCCUCUGGCGGCGAGGAAGCUGAUGUAGAAGCUGAUGACUUCGUCGUUCUCUGA